UUUCUCCUGUGAUAUUCUAGGCGGUUUUCUGAGUCCCUUCUCUAUGGCUUCGCGCCACCGAUCCAGGAGGGUGCCGAAAAUCUCGUUCCCUUAACCGAGAGGCUGUGGCGGCGGGGGGAGGGGCGACUGAGCUGAUGGAGGCGGAGACGCUGGAGUCGAGGAUCAACAAGGCGACAAAUCCUCUGAACAAGGAUCUAGAAUGGGACAGCAUCAAUGCUUUCUGUGAUCAGCUUAAUAAGGAGCUAGAAGGCCCUCCCCUUGCUACCCGGCUUCUAGCCCACAAGAUCCAGUCUCCACAAGAAUGGGAAGCCAUUCAGGCUCUCACGGUGCUGGAGGCCUGUAUGAAGAACUGUGGCAAGCGCUUCCACAACGAGGUGGGCAAGUUCCGCUUCCUUAAUGAGCUCAUCAAAGUGGUGUCUCCGAAGUAUCUAGGAAGCAGGACUUCAGAGAAAGUGAAAUCAAAGAUCUUGGAGCUGAUGUAUAGCUGGAUGUUGGGGCUGCCACAUGAAGUAAAAAUUACAGAGGCCUAUAAGAUGCUGAAGAAGCAAGGGAUUGUGAAGUGUGAUCCCAAACUGCCAGAUGAUGCACCCUUUCCUCUGCCUCCCCCUAGGCCAAAGAAUGUUAUCUUUGAUGAUGAAGAGAAAUCCAAGAUGCUGGCUCGCCUGCUGAAAAGCUCCCACCCUGAGGACCUCCGGGCUGCCAACAAGCUAAUCAAAGAGAUGGUUCAAGAGGACCAAAAAAGAAUGGAAAAGAUUUCCAAGAGGGUGAAUGCCAUUGAGGAGGUGAACAACAAUGUGAAGCUGUUGACUGAGAUGGUGACGAACUACAGCAAGGGGGAGACAACAGAGAGUAGUGAGGACCUCAUGAAGGAGCUGUACCAGCGUUGUGAGCGCAUGAGACCCAUGCUUUUCCGGCUUGCCAGUGACACAGAGGACAAUGAUGAGGCUCUAGCGGAAAUUUUGCAAGCCAAUGACAACCUCACACAAGUGAUCAACCUGUACAAGCAGAUUGUGAAAGGAGAGGAGAUAAAUGGCGAGGCUGUGGGUGGCUCCCUCCGAGGCAGCACUUCUGCACUUCUGGACCUCUCAGGAUUGGACAUGCCAUCCGCUGCCCCCUCCUACCCAGCCAUACCAACUUUCUCAGGUGGCUCCAUAGCACCUGUGCCAGAGCAGUCCAGCUCUGCAUCCUUGCUAGAUGAUGAACUCAUGUCCUUAGGGCUUAACGACCCAGCACCACCGUCAGCCCAGGGUCCAGAUAAUGGUGGUUGGAACAGUUUCCAGGUUGGUGGAUCUUCUCUUGGGGAAAAGGGGGAGGAAUGGAGCCUCAGUCAGACCAGAGCCAGAGAAGAAGCUUCGUUGCAGUCAUCUGACAGCCCUGAGCUCGGCCCUCCUUCGCUCCCAGUGGGGAAAGCUGAUGCUGGACUCCGCACUGCAGUGCCUCCCACCACCACCAGUGGCCUGGAUGACCUGGACCUUUUGGGCAAGACUCUGUUGCAGCAGUCCCUUCCACCAGAGUCUCAGCAAGUCAGAUGGGAGAAGCAGCCGCUACCUCGGUUAACGUUGCGUGACCUCCAAAACAAGAGUGGCUCCAGCCCGUCUGUGACCACCAACAGCACCCCACCCCAUUUCCAGAGUCUCUCUGCAAACUUUCCUGUCCCCCUGCCCCUGCCUUCAGAGCAACCAGCACCCAUUGUGGUCUCUCAAGCGCCUCCUGCACCUUCCACAGCUGCACUUCCCACAACUGGCCUUCCUGCUUCAAAAGCACCUCCAGAAAUCUCUCUGUCAAAUGUCACUGUGCCUCUGGAGUCUAUCAAACCAAGCAAUAUCCUCCCAGUGACUGUAUAUGAUCAACAUGGUUUCCGUGUCCUCUUCCACUUCGCCAAGGACUCUCUGCCAGACCGGCCUGAUAUGCUGGUGGUGGUCAUCUCCAUGCUCAGUACAGCCCCCUUGCCCAUUAAGAAUAUCAUCUUUCAGUCUGCUGUCCCAAAGGUGAUGAAAGUGAAACUGCAGCCACCAUCCGGAACAGAGCUCCCAGCUUUCAACCCCAUUGUGCCCCCCACAGCCAUCACCCAGGUCCUCCUGCUUGCAAACCCACAGAAGGAGAAAGUGAGACUACGAUACAAGCUGACCUUCACCAUGGCAGAUCAGACCUACAAUGAAAUGGGAGAUGUGGACCAGUUCCCCCCUCCAGAGUCAUGGGGAAAUCUCUAAGGCUGCAGCUGGUGUGCUGCGUCUGACUUCUACGGAUUCUCCCCCCCUAGGACAAGGGCCUUCCCAGGGACGGCUAGCACUCAGACUCUGCUCUCAGACUAGAAUGCUGGCUGUCAGCAGUUUGCUGUGUCUGGAGGAUGGCAGGCAAAUGAGAAGGGAGGAGGUGCCUGUUUGGGGGGUUGGUGGAGCUGCUGGGAUGACUUGAGUGAGUUGCUCUCUGUUCUUCUACUUUGCUUUCUGGGCCCCCACCCUCAUCUCGCUUUCCCAUGUGUGCCUUUUCUUUCAUGGAAAGGUGCUGAUGAUUAAUGCUGAGGCUGGCUCUGAAACCUGGCCCCAGGGACAGACUCUUUGGUCCUCUUUUCUUUCUUGCUGAGGUUAUGUCGGACCUUUGCCCCUCAGUUCUUUAGCACUCCACGAGCAAACCUAAAGUGCUGAUCUCUCUGGGUUGGUGCAGGGAGUGGUGCCUCUUGCCAUGUAUCUCUGCCCCCAGGACACCAGGUUGAAUUUGUGGGCUUGGGUGGGGCAGUUUUGACAUAGGAGCUCCUGCCAGCUCAUUCCUGUCUUCGAAGGCAACAGAACCUUUGAGAUGGUGGGUCUUUCUUGCUCACAGGGCACUUAUUCUUCCAACAAAAUGGGCAUGGGCUGAUUUCCCCCAGUUUGCAUGUUAAGCUGCUAGUGAGCAAAAUCUGAGUAAGAUGGCAGGAAGGAAGGAAGCCUCAUGUGUUUAGUCUAAUAAGCCUUACACAAGAAGGAUUAGUGUUAUGGCCUUACAGGGCAGUUAUGAGGCAGGGAUUGUACUUUUGUGGGUGUUGCAGCCUGCUAGGCUGACUGUGUGUGGUUGUUCUACUCCACAGCUUCCUUGAUCGGCAGGGAAUGGACAUCCCAAGUAGCUGUUGGGAAAGAAACUGGGGGAGGGCAGGUGUCCCACUCAAUGCUGGUUGUGGCGUGUGGCAACCCUGCAUCUCUCCAUAUUAUGAAUUCCAGCAGUUAAGACUUGUGUGGCACAGAAGCAGGACCUGUCAGAGGGAUGUGUGGAAGAGGAAAGGUUGGCACAACCAACUUUGUUUCCCCACGCAUUCGUGCCAGCUGCAGGCACCCCUCUUUUCCCUCUCACAAGCUGGCGUGCUCACAGGCAGCGAGCAAAGAAGGACACAGCCUGUAUGACUAACUUUAUCCUUGUGUCAUGAGCACACUGCUUAUGGAAAUGCCUGGGAGGGAAGGCUUGGUUUGCUGUUUGCUGAGUUACUCUGCAGGAAGGGGAGUUGGGCUUUGUGGACAGGAGCGGUGCACAGGACUCGAGGGCUGGGCUGGCAUUUCUACCUACGUGGGAUUGUGCACCUGUUUUUGCAUAGUGGCUGGCUACUUUUGGUAGGGAGGCCUUUCUGAAGCGGGGUUUCUGCUGUGACUGGAUACUUUUACUUUCUGGUCCCUCUUUCAGGGUUAUAUCUCUUCUCCCCCUCCCCCAUCUCCGUUUCUCUUUUUAGAUUCAGUUUGGUUCUUGAACAGACUUUUGCAUAUUUUUGGUGCAAAUUCUGCACAUGGAAAAGGACUUUAAAAUAGACUGUGUGUGAAAUCUGCUGUAUUGAUGGGAAAUAAAGAGAUUUCUUCCCUAAA